AUGGCCUCGGAGGUAGUCAACAAGCUGCAGAACCUGGUAACAGGGGAGUCCAAGAGUGCUCGCAAGAAGAAGGGCAAGCAGGAAGGAGCUACUGCAGUACCAGCCGCACCCGAAAAGACAGCGUCUGAAGCCGGCGCAGGUGGCUCAGAGGCUGCAGGCAAGGCCAAUGGCGCAGACAGCGACAACUCGUACCUCCGCGAGAUCCAGAAAAACAUCCGCAACAUCAACAAGAAACUGAGCGCCACUCAAAAGGUCGACUCAAUAAUCGCAGCCAACCCUGGCGUCUCCCUCGACGAGCUCCUCGCCUCUCGCAAGAUCAACGCCGACCAAAAGGCCCAGGCUGAGAGGAAACCAGGCCUUCAGGCUCAGCUCGCACAGUAUGAGGAGCAGUACACCAACUAUAAGAAGUACGGUGAUGAGCUCGAGGCCAAGUUCGCCAAGGAGAAGGAGCUUCUCUCCAAGACACACUCUAGUGAACUCGAGACAUUGAGGGAGACUAUCAAGGCUGAGGCCAAGUUGGAGCAACAGAGGAUUGUCAAGGAGAAGCUCUUGACCCUGUCCCGCUUCUUGAGAGCUGCUGCCGCACGUCGCCAAUUAGAGGAUGACGAUUCGGAUCUCACAAAGGCUUUUGAGGGCGCUCUUCUUCAGGUCUACGGAGGAGAUGCCGCUGCUGUCAUGGCAGCUGAGAAGCUGAUUGACGGUGCGAGCGACGGCGUACCAUCAACUGAGGGCGUUGUACUGGGCAUCACUUAUUCUCAGGUGAAGCAAGCCGCGCUUGAGGAAGCUCCCUUCGCUGCGGAAGAAGCUUGGGUAGAUGAUGUUGCGCAACACCAAGCUGCCCCUCCUGAGGCUGUGUCCGACCCAACCAUCGCCAACGCCGGACUUACCGAGAUGGAGGCUGGCGCAAAGCCUGUUACUGAAGCUGUGGCGGAGCCUUCAGAGGUACCGGCAGCAGCCAACGUUGGAACAGGCUCGGCGAAUGCUGCAGCUCAGGCCCAAUGGGACAAGCAGCAGACCGGAAGCGAUGACCCUCUGACUGAAUCUUUCGAGAUAGUCCCGCGAGACCCCGCCGAAACCGAGACACCACACGCUGCCGCUGCUGCCCCCAACAGUACCCAGAGUUGGGCUGACGACACUCCCGAGCAAGGUUCGGCGCCCGCAGGCCCUGCGGCUGCUAACGACGGCUUUUCUGAAGUCCAUCACAGCCGUGGCGGUCGGGGACGAGGAGGUCACGGUGGUGGUGAUCGCGGGGGAUACAGGGGUAGGGGCCGAGGUGGACCCCGCGGUGAAUUCCGUGGUGGCCGUGGCCGUGGCCGUGGAGAGUUCAGGGGAGGACGUGGCGGUUUCCGUGGUGGUCCCCGAGGCGAAUCAUCGUAA